UGUCCACCAUGAUCACUUCCGAUGAGAAAACUCCCGAGCGGGAGUUUAUGGACAACACCACCCUCCAUGGCUUCAACAAGAUCCACCACCCGAACCGCGCCAUCCGGACCGUCUGGAUAGUCGCCAUGCUGGCGGCCUACGCAGGAUUCAUCUACAUGGCCGUCAACAUGGCCCAGACGUACUUCAGCUACGACACCGUCUGUGACGUCAAGCUGUCCUUCGAGAGCAAGAUGACGUUUCCUGCCGUCACCAUCUGCAACUACAACAGGAUUGACUCGCACAAGCUGACGUGGGAGGAGUGGUCCAUCCUGUCCACUCUCCUGUAUGGCCGCGCGAUGGACGUGCCCACUCUACAGGCUUUCCUGGGACCAACUUUUACUGACCGGAACAGGACAACUAACGGCACCGUCACCAACGCUACGACCAUGGACAUGGCUGCGGCCGUCCGUAUGAAAGGGUUCGACAUCUCGCCCGCCCGGAUGUGCGAGUGUGUGUGCGCGCAUACCAUGGACAUGGCAGCGGCUGUCCGUAUGAAGGGGUUCGACAUCUCGCCCGCCCGGAUGUACCUCUGCUCCUUCGCUGGAGACUCAUGCACGGAACUGAACUACACCCACUCGUUCAGUAACUAUGGCAACUGCUACAUAUUUCAUGCUGUGUCUGUCACUAUGAACUACACCCACUCGUUCAGUAACUACGGCAACUGCUACACGUUUAACGCUGACGCCGCCAACAAGCUGAACCAAACCAUCCCCGGGUCCACCAUGGGCUUCCAGAUCGUCGUUAAUGUCAUGGCGGAUUCCUACACGGAGACGAUGGCAGUUGGAGGACACGAGGAGGUCGGUCUGAAGUUUCUCAUCCACGAUCAGAACGAACCACCCAUGGUGGAAACCCACGGACUGGCGAUCAAACCCGGCAUACACAGCUUCGUCUCCGUCAAAAGGACUGAGUACUACAACCACGUGCCCCCCUGGGGAGACUGCCACGACAAGGCUCUGACAUACUUUGACGCCUACACCCUGCCUGGCUGCAACGCGGAGUGCCGGGGCAAACAUGUGCAGGACAGGUGUGGCUGUAAGGCCUACUACCUGCCAGGAUCAGCGCCCCCUUGCGCCGCUGACGUGCUCUUCACCUGUGUUCAGGAGGUUUUAGCUGAGGUGAAUGAGGGGAAGCUGACUUGUGACUGCCCGCUGCCGUGUACCAUGGUCAAAUACAGCCCCACUCUGUCCUUCUCGGCAUGGCCUAACCAGCUCACAGAGGACUACUACAGCCGAACGUACAACCUCAGCAGGGGAUAUCUCACGGACAAUGUUGUGGCGCUGACGGUUUAUUACGAGGACUUCAGCUACAUGAAGAUCUCACAGCUGAAGGCCAUGGACUCUGGACAGCUGGGAUGUAACAUGGGAGGAAUGAUGGGGUUGUUUAUCGGGGCCAGUGUGCUGACUCUGGUCGAGCUGACCGAGUACCUGGUGGCCAGGCUCUCCAUCAGCUGGGGCAAGAAAAAACGCCCUCUUCACGUCCAACCUGCACCGGAUGCUGAGAUGAGUGACAAGAAGCAGCCACCGGAUUCUUUGGUUUUUCACAAGUAGUGUCUGGUCUGGUCUAAGAACAGGGCAAAGGUCACUAUUUGGCGCCCGCCCAGAAGACCCAGUCUGAGACCCCUUUAAUGAGUAUAGCCAAACCAACUGAAAACAGCCUUUUUCUUGGUAUGUGCGGAUAAAUGUUGGCAUUUUCCAGCUCGAGAGUUAUUUCUUUUUGUAUUCUGUUGAAAAACUGGCUCAUAGAGUUGUUUUGGCUGCCUGGUAGAGCUCUAAAAGCAAUGCCAUUGUUUUAUUUUUUGGUGGUGUACAGGGGGGUCAGAUGUGAAAUUUUUGGACUAAAUGAACAAUUUAGAAGUUGGACUACCCUGUCAAUAUGAGUUUGCAACAGUUGAACAUUCAACUGAAGAUGUUUGAAGUUCAAACUUUUGAUCCAACAAAAAGAAGUUCUCUCACCUAAAGCUUUCGACCAGUCACUCUGGUCUUCCUCAGUAGACUGACCCAGUGAGGCUUGUCAACUGAAGAUCAUCUUUGAAAAUAGGUGCAGCUAACCUAAAAAUCUAAAUCAGUUUGUCUGUGAUUGUUUUUGAUGUGAUUGAGACAUUGUACUUUGUUGUUACUUAAUGAAUGAUGCUGCUGUCUAAAGUAAAGGACUUCUCUUCUGAAACUCAAACAGUAACUUUAAUUCUAAACACUGAUACGUAACAGAUCUUAACAGUAACAUCGAAAGUUUAUGAAUGUGCCAAAUAGCAUCGAAUUCUACACAAUGCUAAGCAAAUUGAAAUUGAUGAUAUAGUCUUUAAAACAAACAACUUUGAUUAUAAUUUUGAUGUUAAACAUACUUUCUGCAACUCUUUUCACAUGGUGUGCCAUUGAAUGAAUAAACCAUGUACUUGCAUAAUCGUCUUUAUUCUCUUGUGUAGUUCUAAAAUAAUGUAGUUCUACAUGGGAUACUAGUAAUAGACCAAGGAUCCUUGAAUAAACGAAAAUACGGUCAAGUUGACAAAAUUUGAAAAUCGCUGAGAUAUAAAUUCCUCUACUUCUCUACAAGCACAACUUAGGCCACACUGACUUAAUUUUAUGUUGGACGUGAUCUUUUUUUUUUUAGAACAGGCGAAAAUCAAU